AGCCACAGAAAGCGGUGGAGCUUUACGUCUCUCUGCUGAUGAAGUAAGUUACCAAAGCAGACACCUGAAACGGUUUCUCCAGAGAUAUUUGCCUCCAGAAGAUUAAAAGUGCGUCUGAAUGAGCUCAGCUAUGGCGUCGCGACUCUCUGACUUGUUUGGAAACAGCCGGAUAAUUGCAGGACUGCUGGUCAACUUACUGUCAUCGAUCUGUAUAGUGUUCAUCAACAAAUGGAUCUAUGUGCACUAUGGCUUUCCCAACAUGACGCUGACUCUCAUUCAUUUCGCAGUGACAUGGCUGGGGCUGUUUAUGUGUCAGAAGAUGGAUAUAUUCUCCCCCAAGAGUCUCAGACCUUCUAAAAUCAUCCUGCUGGCUCUGAGUUUCUGUGGUUUUGUUGUUUUCACAAAUCUGUCUCUCCAAAGCAACACGAUAGGAACAUAUCAGCUGGCCAAGGUCAUGACAACACCUGUGAUCAUAGUCAUCCAGACCAUGUACUACAGAAAGACAUUUUCCACAAAGAUUAAACUGACUCUAGCACCGAUCACUUUAGGGGUCAUACUGAACUCUUACUACGAUGUGAAGUUCAAUCUUCUGGGGAUGAGCUUUGCCACACUUGGGGUCUUCGUAACCUCGCUGUAUCAAGUGUGGGUUGGUGCCAAACAGCAUGAGCUUCAGGUGAACUCUAUGCAGUUACUGUAUUAUCAAGCACCCAUGUCUUCAGCAUUUCUCUUGGUCCUGGUGCCGUUCUUCGAACCCCUCACUGGAGAGGGUGGUAUCUUUGGCCCCUGGUCAUUUCAGGCCCUGGUCAUGGUUCUGCUGUCUGGUGUUACUGCCUUUCUGGUCAAUUUGUCCAUUUACUGGAUCAUUGGGAACACGUCUCCUGUUACCUACAACAUGUUUGGACACUUCAAGUUCUGCAUCACAUUACUGGGUGGGUACGUCCUCUUCCAGGACCCUUUGUCCUUAAACCAAGGUCUGGGCAUCCUCUGCACCCUCAGUGGCAUCCUGGCAUACACCCAUUUCAAACUGGCAGAGCAGGAGGAGGGCAAAAGCAGGCUCACACAGAGGCCAUAGGCCCGCUGAAGUGCCAAUCAACAAGAAAGCCAGUGUUCAGUGCCUGAUUUCUUCAGGAAUAGAUAGCGAUGGCUCCUGCACAGGAGCGUGAAGACUAUAACCAAACAUAGACUGGAAGGACGUAGGUUUAAGCCAUAGAGGCUGACAACUUUAAUAGCAUUUCAAUCUUUUUAAGAGUUUAAUUUUUAUUCCAAUUAUUCAAUAUUUGCAAAUAAACAAGCAAAAAAAAGAGAAGUGCUGUUUGAGAGAAGAACUCUUAUUGCUGAAGCAUUUCCUUUUUAUUUUGUAAGUGUUAUUUAAUGAUGUAUUUUUCAAAUGGUCUGUACAACAAUAAAAUGUUUUAUAGAAAGUAACACAAGAAUGGAAUGUUAUCUUAUGUUGAGUUUAGUCAUGACUUUUAGGACAAGGGUCACUGCCUACUUGGCAAAUAGACUUGAGUAUCUGUGAAAUGGAAUGUCAAUCAUUUGUUCAGUCCGUGAUGUGGGCUUUUCAACUUGUUUUUCUCUGUUGCAAUGCGCAACUUAAACAUUAGUCACAUUCCAAAGUCCUGUCUCCAGUCUAAAAUCUAGAUGUUUUGCAGCUUUUUUUGUGUGUGUGUGUGAAUAUUAGACUUGUCCUAAUUUUGAAAAGGAUGUGGUAAACAAACAUUUUGCAAAUUAUGCUGCUUAAAGGGACAGUUCACCCAAAAAACGACCUCUUUCAUGGAACAUGGAAGAAUAUAUUUUGAAUAUAUUCAUAAACAUGAAAGAAUGUUUUAUUCGCCGUACAAUUAAAGUUGACAUCCCUUUAAGUGGAACGAGGCUUGUUGUCCCCUAGUGAAGAGCAAUAUUUUAGAACUAAAA